UGUCUAUCGCCGUGAGAGAGAGAGAGAGAGAGAGAGAGAGAGAGUGUGUGUGUUGGUAAUAAUGAAGGGUAGUGGGAUUUGGAUAUUCCGGUAUCUGGUUUGUGGUUUGUCGGUUUUAUCGACGGUUGGAGUAGUAGUAGUUCAAGGUGAGGGAGAGAAUGCCGGCGAAGAUUUGCAGCAACAAGAAGCAGAUAGAGUGGAGGGUUUACCCGGACAAUCGCCGGUGAAUUUCCGUCAUUUCGCCGGAUAUGUCAAUGUCCGACCACAAGAUGAGAAAGCUUUGUUCUAUUGGUUCUUCGAAGCUGAAGAAGGAGUUGCAGAAAAGCCUCUAGUGCUCUGGCUCAAUGGAGGACCGGGUUGUUCAUCUGUUGCUUAUGGUGCUGCUCAGGAGUUGGGACCAUUCUUGAUACGAAAAAAUCAAUCUGACCUUGUACUCAAUAAGUUUUCCUGGAACAAAGUUGCAAAUCUUCUGUCUGUAAAGGCUCCAGUAGGUGUUGGUUUCUCAUACACAAACAAAACUGAAGAUUUAGAGGCAUUAGGAGAUGGAGUUACAGUUAAGGAUUCAUAUGCCUUCCUACUGGGAUGGUUCAAGAGAUUCCCAAGUUUCAAAUCCCAUGAAUUCUACAUAGCUGGAGAAAGCUAUGCUGGCCAUUAUGUUCCCCAACUUGCAGAACUCAUUUAUGAAAGUAACAAGAAAGCAAGCAAAGACUCAGUAAUUAACCUAAAGGGUUUCAUGAUAGGGAAUGCUGUAAUUAAUGAUGAAACAGAUCAAAUAGGCUUCAUCGAAUUUGCUUGGAGUCAUGCAAUUAUUUCAGAUCAGCUAUAUCAUAACAUACUCAAGGAAUGUGACUUCAAGAGUAAUAAAGGAAGUAGCCUUUGCAAUACAUACAUCAGGAGCUUCUUUCAAGCUUACUCAGAUAUUGACAUUUACAGCCUCUACACACCAGUUUGCCUCUGGUCCGGCGAAAUCACCCGAAAGUUGGUGGCUGGUGCUCGAUUAUUCAGUAAAAAUAAUUCUACUGUGGCAAAGCUCAACCUAAGGGGUGGCAAAGGUGAUGGUUACUUUACUGGUCUUGAUGUUCAAUCCUCGGAUUAUGAUGAUAUCAGUAUUGAGGAUCCAGAGGCGUUACCUCAUGGUCAGCUUAAGACAAAAACUAUGAACUAUGUCUAUCACCCAAUAGUUGAACAUGAAGUGACUAUUAUGGCAAAUGCUUCUGCCUGUAUUUCUGAUCUUUUAAAAUGUAAUAUUUCAUCUUUCGCACUCUGA